AUGAAUGCCACGGGGUCCCUGGGGGAGGCCCCGGAGUCCUGCUACAAACUGGCUGCCAUUGGCCACAGCCGGCUCAUCGUCCUGCACUACAACCACUCUGGCCGGCUGGUGGGCCGCGGCGGGCCGGAGGAGGCCGGCCUGGGGGUCUUGCGGGGGCUCUUUGUGGCCAUCAGCUGCCUGGUGGUGCUGGAGAACCUCCUGGUGCUGGUGGCCAUCGUGGUCCGCAUGCGCUCCCGCCGCUGGGUGUACUACUGCCUGGUCAACAUCACGCUCAGCGACCUGCUCACCGGGGUGGCCUACCUGGUCAAUGUGCUGCUGUCUGGGGCCCACACCUUCCGCCUGACGCCGGCUCAGUGGUUCCUGCGGGAGGGCGUGCUCUUCAUGGCGCUGGCCGCCUCCACCUUCAGCCUGCUCUUCACUGCAGUCGAGCGAUUCUUCACCAUGGUGCGGCCCGUGGCCGAGAACAGGGCCACCAAGACGGGCCGAGUCUACGGCUUCAUUGGGCUGUGCUGGCUGCUGGCCACCCUGCUGGGCCUGCUGCCCCUGCUCGGCUGGAACUGCAUGUGCACCUUCGAGAGCUGCUCCAGUCUGCUCCCGCUCUACUCCAAGGCCUACAUCCUCUUCUGCGUGGUGGUCUUUGCCUGCAUCCUGGCCGCCAUCAUGGCGCUCUAUGGGGCCAUCUUCCAGGUAGUGCGGGCCAACGGGCAGAAGUCCCCGCGCCCCCCGGCCCGCCGCAAGUCCCGCCGGCUGCUCGAGACGGUUCUCAUGAUCCUGGUGGCUUUUGUGGUGUGCUGGGGCCCCCUAUUUUGCCUGCUGCUUGCUGACAUCUUUGGCUCCAAUGUCUGGGCCCAGGAGUACCUGCGGGGCAUGGACUGGAUCCUGGCUCUGGCGGUGCUCAAUUCGGCCGUCAACCCCCUCAUCUACUCCUUCCGCAGCCGGGAGGUGUGCCGGGCUGUGCUGGGCUUCCUCUGCUGCGGAUGUCUCUGGCUGGGUGUGCGGGGUCCAGGGGACUGCCUGGUGAAGGCUGCCGAGGCCCACUCUGAAAACUCUACGACCGACAGCUCGCUGAGGCGGAGGGACAGCUUCCGGGCCUCGCGCUCACUCAGCUUUCGGAUGCGGGAGCCCCUGUCCAGCAUCUCCAGUGUUCGGAGCAUCUAG